AAAUGUCCAUUCCCUGCCACUCUUUACUUCCAGCUACUGUCUCUCCCACAAAUAAUCCAUCCACCCGGUUCAACUACAAUACCCACCCGACCCGUUCUUUGACCCGAAACAGACCUCCCUUUCCUUUCAUUUCACAAUGCAGAACAAAAACAAGAACUUACCAUUGCUGCAGCUCAAGUUCAACAAUGCCACUUAAGGACCUCACUUCAUCACCCCCACAGGAUAGCUUAUUGUACUCUCGAGCAUAUUAUGUAUCUAGAUCAAUGAUUGCUUGGGAUGUGGAUGUUGUUGGCGGGUCAUGUUUCAUAUAUUCUAGUAGAUCUGCCGCUUUAUCUGUUGUAGAAAAUGGAAUUGAAGGCUAUGAUUUCAAGAUUGAGCUUCAGAGACAUGAUCAAAAGCUUCCAGAAAAUGUGAGAGAUAAGUUUCCUCAUAUACGUGAUUAUAAGGCGUUUAAGGUGCCUACAACUUUGGAUCCCAAUACUAUCCUCAAAGCCCAAUUGGCUGUUGCUUUCUUUAACUCCAGUGGGCAAUGCAUUAGUGUUACUGGCUUGCAGCUACCUGGCGUUAUUGAUGACAUUUUCUCUUAUACGGGUCCUCUUGGUUCUGUUUUUUCAAAUGAGACUGUCUCACUUUACCUUUGGGCUCCAACUGCCCAAGAUGUGCGUGCACUCAUUUAUAAUGGGCCCUCUGGCGGCGAAGCCGUCGAGGCUGUCCAACUUAGGGAGUCCAAUGGUGUUUGGAGUGUGAAUGGGCCAAGAAGUUGGGAGGGGUGUUAUUAUGUCUAUGAAGUAUUGGUCUAUCAUCCCAGCACCUUGCAGAUAGAAACGUGUAUUGCAAAUGACCCUUACGCCAGAGGGCUCUCAGGUGAUGGGAAGCGGACUUUUUUAGUCAAUCUUGAUUCUGAAUCUUUAAAACCUCAGAAAUGGGAUAAUUUGCUGGACGAGAAGCCUGAUAUAGCAGAUUUUUCUGACAUUAGCAUCUAUGAACUGCAUAUUAGAGAUUUCAGUAUUAAUGACUCUACCGUUGAUGCUGAUUUUCGUGGAGGUUAUCUUGCUUUUACUUCUCAGGAAUCAGCUGGUGUGCUGCAUUUGAGAAAACUCUCUGAGGCUGGCCUUACACAUAUCCAUCUGCUGCCAACUUUCCAAUUUGGAGAUGUUGAUGAUGAAAAGGAAAAGUGGAAGUUUGUAGAUAUGGAGUUGCUCAAAUCUCUGCCACCAGAUUCAGCUCAGCAGCAGGAAUAUAUCACGGCUAUCCAAGACGAGGAUGGAUUCAAUUGGGGUUAUAACCCUGUUCUGUGGGGAGUCCCUAAAGGAAGCUAUGCAACAAAUCCCAAUGGUCCAUGCCGUAUAAUUGAGUUCCGGAAGAUGGUGCAAGCACUUAAUCGUAUAGGACUUCGGGUAGUGUUGGAUGUUGUUUACAAUCAUUUACAUGGAAGUGGGCCCGUAGGUGAUUACUCUGUGGUUGACAAGAUUGUUCCAGGCUAUUACUUGAGAAGGAAUGCAGAUGGUUUCAUUGAGAAUAGCACAUGUGUAAAUAACACUGCUAGUGAGCAUUUUAUGGUUGAUCGCCUAAUCAUUGAUGAUCUCUUAAACUGGGUAGUCAAUUAUAAGAUUGAUGGGUUCCGGUUUGAUCUUAUGGGUCAUAUGAUGAAAAGUACUAUGGUGAGGGCUAAGAGUGUGCUUAAGAACUUGUCAAGGGAGAAAGACAAAGUAGAUGGCUCGAGUAUUUUCUUAUAUGGUGAAGGUUGGGAUUUUGGUGAAGUGGCAAAUAAUGGGCGUGGGAUCAAUGCGUCACAGAUCAAUCUUGCUGGGAGUGGAAUUGGGAGCUUUAAUGAUCGAAUUCGAGAUGCAUUGCUCGGUGGAUCUCCAUUUGGUCAUCCCCUUCAACAAGGGUUCCUCACAGGGUUAUCUUUGCAACCAAAUGGGCAUGACCAUGGUACAGAAGCCAAUGCAGCACGUAUACUUGCUCUGUCAAAGGAUCACAUUCAGGUUGGGAUGGCUGCAAACCUUAAGGAUUUUGUGCUAACAAACUGUGAUGGUCAAGAGGUUAAAGGAUCAGAAAUUUUAACUUACGGUGGAGCUCCUGUUGCAUAUGCUUUACAACCAGUGGAAACAAUUAAUUAUGUAUCCGCUCAUGACAAUGAGACCCUCUUUGAUAUUGUUAGCUUGAAGACAUCAAUGGAAAUUUCUGUUGAUGAGAGGUGCAGGAUAAACCAUUUAGCAACAAGUGUUAUAGCUCUUUCCCAGGGUGUUCCGUUUUUUCAUUGUGGAGAUGAGAUACUACGUUCCAAGUCUUUAGACCGUGACUCGUAUAAUUCUGGUGACUGGUUCAACAGGUUAGAUUUUAGCUACAACUCGAAUAAUUGGGGUGUUGGCCUUCCUCCGAAAGGGAAGAAUGAGAAGAGCUGGCCAAUAAUUAAACCAAGAUUGGCGUCCCCGUCUUUUAAGCCUCAGAGAAGUCACAUAAUAUCUGCUCUUGAAAAUUUCCAAACCUUAUUACGUAUCAGAUACUCUUCCAUUCUCUUUCGUUUGAGGACUGCAAAUGCUAUCCAGGAACGUGUUCGAUUCCACAACACUGGUCUAUCUCAGGUCCCUGGUGUCAUAGUAAUGAGUAUUGAAGAUGGCCAUGUAGGUGUUCCUGGGUUGUCUCAACUUGAUCCAAACUAUUCAUACAUUGUGGUCGUGAUCAAUGCUUGCCCAACUGAUAUCUCGUUCACAAGCCCUGUAUUAAGAGGGAAAGUUCUCCAAUUGCACCCCUUGCAGAUGAUGCUAACUGAGAAUUUGGUGAAGAACUCAACAUAUAAUUCAUCAUCAGGAUGCUUCAAAGUUCCGUCAAGGACAACUGUUGUUUUUGUUGAACCUCGAUACGUUCAGAACUAGAUGAAACUUACUACUAUAGUUGGCCAUAAAGAGUUGAAUUUUUUAGGUCAAUCAUUUUUCUUCUAGAAUAAAACUGAUGCAUCUUUUGCUACAUAUCUAACUCCAACAAGAAUGUAUCUAUCUGUGGUAAAUGCUUUAAGUCGAUAUAUAAUUAAUAAUAUUUGUAUCUACUUUGAAGUA